AUGGACGCAAAAGUCACCAUCGCCGACAAGCUCGGCCGCGGGCUCACCAACGGCAUCCACUUCGUAACUCGCAAGUGGAAGGUCAUCAUGCUGAGCUACAUCUUCAUCAUCUCAAUCGGAAGCGCUCUUCUCUACGUUCACGACGAACAACAACCCUCCCUCCAAACCCGAAGCUGGGGCGGUUUCGACGAACGUCCCCUCUCAGAGAAAUGCUACCGCCAAGAACGCACCGCCAUGAUCCUCUCCCUCCUCUUUGGAAUUCUCGGCGUCGAUCAGUUCUACGCCCAUCACUGGCCUCUCGCCGUGUUCAAACUUCUCACUAUUGGCGGACUGGGUGUCUGGUCGUUUGUGGAUAUGAUUCUUUGGAUUGUGGGUGGUGUGUACGGGACGCCUGGAUGUCCCGGGGGUAGUUCCAAGGGAUGGCAGUACUAG